UUCUGGUUCUAAAGCUAAAAUCAAACCACCCAAAUUCACUUAUCGGAUAACACAAUGGCUACACCGCCGGUGAAGGUGUACGGACCACCGUUAUCAACCGCCGUGUCAAGAGUGUUGGUCUGUUUGCUUGAAAAAGAUGUCCCAUUUCAACUUGUCCCCGUUAACAUGGCUAAAAUGGAACACAAGAAACCUGAUUACGUUAAAAUGCAGCCCUUUGGCCAGGUUCCUGCAUUUCAAGAUGAUGACAUCACCUUGUUUGAAUCAAGAGCCAUAUGUCGGUAUUUAGCUGAGAAAUACCCAAAUAAAGGAACUGCGGGUCUUUUUGGAACAAACCCGUUGGUCAAAGCUUCAAUCGACCAAUGGCUAGAAGCCGAAUCACAAAGCUUUAAUCCACCAAGCUCGGUUCUCACCUUUCAGCUAUUUUUUGCACCGUUAAUGAAACUCAAACAAGACGAGGCGUUGAUCAAACAAAAUGAAGCAAAGCUUGAGAAAGUUCUUGAUGUCUAUGAGAAUAGGCUUGGCUCGAGCCGAUACUUAGCCGGUGAUGAGUUCACUUUAGCUGAUCUUUCGCACUUGCCUAACACUCAGUUUUUGGUGGAGAAAACUGACAAGGCUGAGCUGUUUACUUCCAGGAAGAAUGUGGGUCGGUGGUGGUCCGAAAUCUCCACCCGACCCGCUUGGAAGAAGGUGGUCGAAAUGCAAAAUGCAUAAUUUCAGUUAUUUGUUUGAAUAAUAAACUUUUGGCUUCUUGUAUCGAGUCGAGUUUUAUUUUUAUUGAAUAAUUUUCAUGUAAAUGAAUCAAACCGUUUGGGAAUUACUUAAAACGCCUUGUCAAAACAA